AGAAACUCUCUUCAAUGACAUAAGAGACACUUGACAACCUCAAAAUUAAAUCUAUAUCUCGGAAAUCCCUUCUAGUAGUUCAUGUAAAAAAUAAUCCCAAACUAUAAAAAAUGUAAAUGCCGCAGAAGUUAUCAAAUGGAGUACAACAAUGCGCGCAUUACGUUCGAUCCGUCUCGCGUUAAAUCCGAUUACGCUCUCCUCGCGGCUGCAACAGCAACGAAGAUGCAAAAGCGACCACGACUCCUUCCUCACGCAGACGAGUAGCCAAUACAUUGAGCACCUCUUCUCAAAGUGGCGCAAAGAUCCGAGUUCUGUACCAGAAUCGUGGGAUGUUUACUUUCGUAAAGUCGAAUCGGGCGCACCUCUCGGACCAUCACCGAGGAAAUCCUCGCUGAAGUCAUCCUCGAAAAUGCAAGAUGUACCGGCGAAUUUAUUGGGCGCACAGAGAAUUGAAUAUGACCUGAUGACAAAGCCCAGAGUGAGGCUCAAGUCAGAAGCUGAAAUACAAGGCGAGGCCUACGUGGAGAGCACGCUGGACAUUAAUGCCACUAUACGCUCGUAUCAAGCUCGAGGACAUCUGAUAGCAGACAUUGACCCUCUCGGUAUCCAAAACCCAGACUCAGCCAGACUCCAGAACACGAGUGACUUACCACCCAGACUAGUGGUGCGCGAGCAUCUGAAAGGGAUGACCGAGACUGACUUGAACCGUGAGUUUCCACUUGGUACCAUCACAGUAAUCGGUGGCGAUAGGGAAACACUCCCCCUGCGAGAAAUCAUCAAGAGACUAAACAAAGUUUACUGUGGUCAUUUGGGCUUGGAGUACAUCUACAUCCACGAUUCGACUGUUCUGGAAUGGCUGCGUUACAAGUUCGAAAUACCAGGCGCCUGGGAAUUAGCAGCGGAUCAUCGCAAGUGGAUCUGGGUGAACAUCAUGAAGGCGGUGACGUUCGAAAACUUUCUCGCGAAGAAAUACGGUACCGAAAAGCGCUUUGGUUUGGAGGGUUGCGAGUCUUUCAUCGCUUCGAUGGCCCAGUGCUUGGAAACUAGUUCUGAACAAGGCGUAGAAACUGUCGCGAUCGGUAUGGCACAUCGCGGUCGCUUGAAUACAUUAGUCAACGUGUGUUCAAAGCCACUUCAUCAGCUGCUUACGCAAUUCAAGCCGAUAUCCUUAGAGGGAUUAGGAUCUGGGGAUGUCAAGUAUCAUCUGGGAACUUGUGCUGAAAGAGUCUUGGAGAGAAGCGGCAAGAAAAUGCACGUGUCAGUAACUGCGAAUCCCUCACACUUGGAAUCCGUCGAUUCGGUGACAGUGGGUCGCGUUAGAGCAGAACAGGUGGAGAAAGGGGACAUCAAAGGUCAAAAGUCCUUGGCCAUUCUGGUCCACGGAGAUGCAGCUUACAGCGGUCAGGGCAUCUGCUAUGAAACGAUGCAUCUUACUAAACUCCCUGACUACACGACUGGGGGCGUCAUUCACUCUGUUAUCAAUAAUCAAAUUGGUUUUACAACCGACCCAAGAUACUCGCGUUCGAGUGCGCACUGUACGGACAUAGGUCGUAUCGUAAACGCACCAAUAUUCCACGUGCACGCGGACGAUCCAGAUUUAGUCGCCUAUUGCAGCAAAGUCGCCAGCGAGUAUCGAGCCGAGUACCACAACGAUGUAGUGCUCGACAUAGUAGGCUACCGCAGAAAUGGGCACAACGAGAUGGACGAGCCCAUGCUUACGCAGCCGCUUAUGUACAAGCGCAUCCAAUCCCAUCCUAACGUCCUCGCCAUAUACACUGAUAAAUUGCUCAAGGAAGGCCUGAUUGAUGAGGCGUUUCUCAAAGAAGAAACGGAUAAAUAUCUAGCUCACUGCGAAUCCGAAUUCGAGAAAGCGAAGGAAAUCAGUUCCAUGCAGAUGGCCGAUUGGCACGACGUCCCCUGGACUGACUUUUUUUCAAACCAAAGUCCGACAAAUCCCAUUCCGUCAACUGGUAUCGAGAACGAAGAUAUACAGACGAUUUGCAAGCAUGUAUCGACGCCACCCGAACACAUGAAGCUUCAUACCAUGGUGCACCGGAUGAUGGACAAGCGUCGCAAGUUGAGCGAAUCCCGACAAAUCGACUGGGCCAUGGCAGAGUGUUUGGCUUUUUUGAGCCUUCUCAAGGACGGGCAUCACGUGCGCCUCUCGGGCGAGGACGUCGAGCGCGGAACCUUUUCCCAUCGCAUGCAUAUCUUGCACGACCAGGAGAAAGACAAAACCUGGGUCAAUUUGCUCAAUGAUGUCUUUCCCGGACAGGCGACCUAUACUGUCAGUAAUUCUUCGCUCUCGGAGUACGGAGUUUGCGGAUUCGAGCUUGGCUACUCAUCGUACAACCACAAAAAUCUAGUGCUGUGGGAAGCUCAAUUCGGUGACUUUGCCAACAGUUGUCAGGUGAUCCUGGACAACCUCCUCUGCUCUGGCCAGUCCAAGUGGGGCCGACAGGUUGGCCUAAUUCUUCUGUUACCACACGGCAUGGAAGGCCAAGGUCCCGAGCACUCGUCCGCGCGACUCGAGCGUUUCCUGCAACUAUGCGACGACGAGCCCGGGCACGACGACAGCGACGACAGCCCCACGCGACAGCUUUUCCACGUCAACUGGAUCGUCUGCAAUCUCACCACACCGGCCAACCUCGUGCACGCGCUGCGUAGGCAGAUACUCAUGCCAUUCCGCAAGCCGCUGGUUAUCAUGACGCCGAAAUCGCUACUGCGUCACCCGUUGGCCCAGUCGAGCUUCGACGAGAUCGGUCCUGGGACGAGCUUUCGGCCUUUGAUACCGGACCAAGCGGUCAAGCCGGAGGGUGUGAGGAAGAUCCUGUUUUGCAGCGGAAAGGUCUACUACGAGCUCUACGCGGAGAGGAAAGAGAAAGGACUAGAGAACGAGAUAGCGAUUCUGAGAGUCGAGCAGAUCUGUCCAUUCCCCUACCGACUCGUCGCGGAGCAAGUGUCGAAGUAUCCCAAGUGCAAGAUAAUGUGGUUGCAAGAGGAGCAUCGCAACCAGGGCGCCUACCACUACGUCCGCGAGCGUCUGGCCCACGCGCUGAACCUGUCCCUGGAGGAGGUGCGUUUCGGAGGCCGUCCGAGCUCGGCCUCCCCCGCCACUGGCAGCAAGGUCAUCUACGAGAACGAGCGCCGCGACAUGCUGGCCGCGGCCAUGGACUUGAACCGAUGACGCGAUCACCUUCUCUCAUGUGAUGUUUGCGUAGGCGAUAAGGCGUAUUGAGCCGUGUCUCUGACGAGCUUCGCGAAAAUUGUUUUAGAGCGCGCGCGUGUGCCAUUCGAAAAGUGGACGGUGACGAGUCCUCAAAAGUUUGAAGAACAAAAAAGCUGGGCAUUUUUUUACUGCAAAAAUGUAGAGCGACGAGUGGAGAGACGCGAUGCGUUAAGUAGAAUAAAUCGGGCUCUGGCGAGGCGCGGUUGCAUCACUUAAGCGCUGCGGAUCGGUGCUAAUUACUUCGCAAACGCUUGUUCUAUUUGAUUAAUUAUUUUUAUUGUUUUGCACAGUCGUGUGCAUGUAACGGUCGAUUAUCUUCAUUUAUGUCUAUGCAGAAAUCAGUUCCGGCCAUUGAAAUUCCGUGCAUUAACAUGAAAAGAUUUAUAAAACGGUUAACGUCAAUUUUUAUAUCGAAGUAUCGCAACCCAUUCGCCGAUGAAGUAUUCUCGAUGCUCAGCGUUAUUUAUGUUAAAAAAUACGCUACUCUUGGCGGGUAUGAAUAUUUAUAAAUUUAUACGGAUAGUUGGGAAUUGUAUCUCUUAUUUAAUCGCACGUGUGAGUGCAGAUUUUUUUAUAGAAGCAAAAAAACGAAGGCGUGUACCUUACAUAAAAGGAAUGUCUAUCGGCAAAGAAUAUUGGGCGCGCGCGCGCGAGAUAAAUGUACGAAUAACUGCGCUGUAGAAAACUGCUUAAAAAUAAACACUAAACACACCUA